AUGAACUCACAAGAUUACAUCGAUGUGCUCGAGGUCAACCUUCUUCCAUAUUUGCAAAGUCUUCCACAACACCAACUCACCCUACAGAAAGACAACGCCAGCAUUCACGUCAACCAGGCAACCAAGUCAUGGCUUCAGUCAAAAGAAGUGCCUCUUCUGGAUUGGCCUGCGUGCUCCCCCGAUCUCAACCCCAUUGAGAAUCUGUGGGGAAUGCUUGCUCGUCGAGUUUAUGGCAAUUCCACACAGUACGCAAAUGUUCAAGCGCUCAAAGAUGCCAUUACCCGCGAGUGGAAUGCCAUUCCAAGAAGCACCAUCAAGAAGCUAGUUAACAGCAUGCUGAGUCGAAUAUUUAACGUGAUCAGUCUUCAGGGACAGACAACAAAAUAU